ACCACCUCUUCGCGCGUUGUCAGAGCGAUUCCCCGAAGAGCAACAGGAACUCGCGACAAUGCUUAUCCCCAAGGAAGACCGCAAGAAGAUCCAUGAGUACCUCUUCCGCGAGGGUGUGCUCGUGGCCAAGAAGGACUUCAACCUUCCCAAGCAUGGCGACAUUGACACCAAGAACCUCUACGUGAUCAAGGCCAUGCAGUCCCUCAACUCCCGCGGCUACGUCAAGACCCAGUUCUCCUGGCAGUACUACUACUACACCCUCACCCCCGAGGGUCUUGACUACCUCCGUGAGUGGCUUCACCUCCCCGCUGAGGUUGUCCCUGCCACCCACAUCAAGCAGCAGCGUUCUCACGCUCCCCCUCGUGGAAUGAUGGGUGGUGAAGAGCGCGAGCGCCGUCCCCGUCCUCCUCGUGAGGGUGGCUACCGUCGCCGUGAGGAAGGCAAGGAGGGUGCCCCCGGCGAGUUCGCUCCUAGCUUCCGUGGCGGAAUUGGCCGUGGCCGUGGCGCUCCUGCUUCGUAAGGUGGUGUCGAUGUCGCCUCCCGGUCUUCCGAGGGUUUUUAUGGGUGUUGCUAGUGUGGUUUGAGUAGGCUAUGGCCAGAAAUUACUGCAUCUCAGCGCAUCCUGUCAAAAGAAAAAUGUCAUUUCUUUUUCUGUCCGAUAUGGAAUAACUAGAUAAUGACAUGAUCGAUACAGAGUGCGAUGCUCU